AUGAGCAGCACUCAAGACCUCGACCAAGACCUCGAGUCCAAGUUUGAGGAAAAAGACAGUCCAACAGUUACACGACACGAAAUCGUCGACGUACAAGAUGAAAAGACUCGGGUCGCCAAAGGUGACGACUCCGACGGACGCGUCAACUGGACAUGGAAACAGGUCAUUGCGACUGUCUCGUUGUGUGGAGUAUACGUGGGUUCACAAAUCCCACUCUAUUUCGUCGGAGAAGGCUCGCUCAGCUACAUUGCAGCCGACUUGGGGUCCGCCUCGACUGGCUGGCUCCCGGUUUCGAACUCCCUGGCUCUUGCUGCUGUCUGCCCAUUCUGUGGCUAUCUCCAAGAUAUGUUCGGCAAAAGGAACAUUUCCAUACUGGGAUCCGUCAUGAUCAUGGUCGGCGUCUUGAUCACCGCAACAGCAAAGACCUUCGCUCAAGGAGUUGUGGGAAUGACCAUUGCUGGCGGUGGUGCGGCUAUUGGAGAGCUUACGGCGCUUGCUGGUACUGCGGAGCUGGUCCCUGUCAAAAAGCGUGGCAUUUAUCUAGCAUGCGUCACCUUUUUCAUCUGCCCGUUUUUUCCGUAUGUCUUAUACGCUCAGCUCCUCUCUGCGAACGCGACAUGGCGGUGGGGAUUAUGGAUUACAUUCAUCUAUAACGGAGUCUUCUUCGUAGGGGUGGUUCUUUUCUAUUUCCCCGACUCCCACAUCCUACGCAAGGGCGACCUGAGCCGGGCAGAAAUAGCCAAGAAAAUUGACUAUAUCGGUGCUGUUCUCUCGAUAACGGGAGUGAUUUUAUUCCUCGUGGCACUGCAGUCUGGGGGAUCGUCUCACCCCUGGACAAGUGCAUACGUCCUAUGCAUGCUCUUCAUCGGCGCGGCACUCAUAGCCGGCUUUGUCAUGUGGGAAUGGAAAGGCGCCAAAUAUCCCAUGGUUCCAAGGGAUCUCUUCGUCGGCCAGCGUGUCGUUGCUAUCGCUCUCGCAGUUGCGUUUGUGUCGGGAAUGAAUUUCUACUCCAUGAUCAACUUUGCUCCACUGACAUACAGUACCGUGUAUAACCCCGAUCCAAUUCAAGUCGGUGUAAAGGGUCUUGGUUAUUCGAUUGCGAUCACUGUCGGCGCUACAGUAAUGAAUGCUCUGCUCACCAUCCUGAAGGGGAACAAUCGUGAGCUUCUUCUGAUCUCUUGCGUCUUGAUGACCGCCUUUACCGGCAGUAUGGCUGCUGUGAACCCAAAUAACCCGGGACUUGCUGUGGGUCUGGCCACUGUUGCAGGGUUUGGAAUUGGAGGAGUCAUCGUCCCGUCCGCUACAAUUGCGAUGACUGCAUGUCCUGAUUCCCUGAUUGCCACGGCCACGGCACUGACGCUGACUAUCCGCUUCGUUGGAGGUUCAAUUGGCUACUCCAUCUACUACAACGUCUUUGCCGAAAAGCUCACCAACAAGCUCCCAGAGAGGGUCCUCGAUUUUGCACUUCAGGCCGGUCUUCCCACGUCCUCUGCGACGGAUUUCGUCCAGACGUUUCUUACCGUCCCUGCGAACGCCACCAGUGUGCCUGGCGUCACACCGGCCAUCAUCAACGCAGCAACCAUCGGCACCCGCUGGGCAUAUUCAGAUGCCUUGGCUUACGUCUGGUAUGUCAGCAUUCCAUUUGGCGCGCUGUCCAUCGUUGGAUGCCUCUUGAUCGGAGACAUCUCCAAGUACAUGACAAACAGAAUUGCCGUCCAGAUACGGCGCUAG